AUGUCUGCCCCUCAGCAUCAAACCCCCGAAGAGGCGCAAAAAUGGCCCAAACAUUCUCAGGAGGAGUCCAUGGAGGUGGACACCCAUACUCUCGAUGGUUCUACCACCUCCGAGGACACUGACCAGGCCGAGGCGCUGGUAGAGGAACUGUCGAGACGGAUCUCGCGACUUUCAGACCCCAACCCGGAUUUGACCAGAAGGGUGACCUCAAUUGGGACCACGGGCACAAGCGAUCCUAACUAUGAAGUGGACUUUGAGUCAGAAGACGACCCGGAGAAUCCCAAGAAUUGGACGAUCAAAUACAAGGCCAUGGCCAUGACAUUUCUCUCUUGGAAUACACUCACAGUGGUUCUAUAUUCGACCUCGUACACUUCUGGUAUCGCUGACAUCGCCGCGGAUUUCGAAACCUCCAAUAUUAUCGUCACACUAGGAUUGACCUUUUAUCUGAUCGGCCUGGCCAUUGGGUCCAUGUUCAUGGCGCCCCUGAGCGAAGUGUAUGGCAGAAAACCAGUGUCCGUGCUCUGUCUGUCUCUCUUUACCAUCUUGAUCAUCCCAUGCGCGCUGGCCAAAUCGGUGGAGACGCUCAUUAUCGUGCGAUUCUUUGGCGCUCUGUUUGGCAGUGUCAUGAUCUCAACCGCACCAGGAAUGGUGUCAGACCUCGUCACGGAUGAGCAACGUGCCCUCGCCAUGUCCAUUUGGAGUAUUGGGCCAGUAAACGGACCAGUGAUUGGACCGAUCAUUGGAGGUUUCGUGACGCAGUACCUGGGUUGGCGAUGGAUGAACUGGAUCGCCAUGAUCUUUAGUGGAGUUGCUUUGGCGUUCUCCCUGAUCAUGCGGGAAACAUAUAGUCCUAUCAUCCUACAGAAGAAAGCCGCCCGUCUACGCAAAGAGACCGACGAACCGAGAUGGUGGAGUCGAUAUGACCAGAAGAUUGGUCUGGCCGAGGUGCUGAAGAUCAACCUCAGUCGACCCUUUGUCAUGGCAGCCACCGAACCUAUCUGUAUUUUCUGGAACAUCUACAUCGCGAUCGUGUACGGCAUUCUGUACCUCUGUUUCACCGCCUAUCCCAUCGUCUUCCGCGACAUUCGUGGGUGGUCUCUGGGUCUUUCUGGUCUUGCCUUCUUGGGCAUUGGUGUAGGCAGUCUGAUUACAAUCUCUUGCGAGCCUUUCAUCCGUCGCAUGAUCAACAACCAUCCGAAGGAUCCCGAGACGGGCAAGGUAUACCCGGAGGCUAUGGUCUCGAUCGUUUGCAUUUCAGCCUUCUUGAUUCCCGCCGGAGAGCUUUGGUUCGCGUGGACAUGCGCACCUGCUUCGAUCCACUGGAUUGCCCCGAUCCUGGCAGGGGUCGCGUUCGGUGCAGGCAACACGGGCGUUUUCAUCUAUGCGUCUAACUACCUCGCGUACAGCUACGGGGUUUAUGCCGCAUCGGCGAUGGCCGGAAACUCUGUCGUCAGAUCCAUUCUGGGUGGUGUGCUCCCCUUGGUUGGAUCUUACCUGUACGCGGGUAUUGGCCCCAACUGGUCUGGAACCCUUCUCGGCUUGUUAGAGGUUAUCAUCAUCCCCAUCCCGAUCGUGUUCUACAAGUACGGUUACAAGAUCCGCGAAAAGAGUGCUCUGAUCAGUCGGAUGCAAGAAGACAAGCGCCGGUUGGAAGGGAAACGAAAGCGACUUUUGGAGCGACUGCAGGGCGCGCAGGCGCACGCGAACACGAGCACCGAACCGGAGAAGGAAAAGAUGGAGGUCUAA